GCCGUCAUCUCCCAAAAGGCCCCCGAGAACUGGGGCCUCGCGCGGCUCUCGAGCCGCACCCCGCUCGCCACGUCGUACAACUACGACGAGCGCGCGGGCAACACGUCCUUCGCGUACAUUAUCGACACGGGCAUCAACGUCAAGCACAGGGACUUUGAGAAGCGCGCGAAAUUCGGAAACUCGUCCAUCGCGGGGCAGACGGGCGACGGCCAGCGCCACGGCACCCACGUGGCGGGCAUCGUGGGCUCCAAGACGUACGGCGUGGCCAAGAAGGCGACGUUCAUCGCGGUGAAAGUGCUCGACGACACGGGCAGCGGCACCAUGACGACCGUCAUCGAGGGCCUGCAGUGGGCGCUGCAGGACGCGCAGAAGAACAAGCGCGUGAAGAAGUCGAUCGCCAACAUGUCCCUGGCAGGCAGCCGGUCGCAGGCCAUGGACGACGCGAUCCAGGCCGCGACUGUCGCGGGCCUGCUUAUCGUCGUCGCCGCGGGUAACAACAACACCGAAACUGCGGGAUUCAGCCCCGCGGCCGCGCCGGGCGCGUGCACCGUCGCCGCGACGGAUAUCAGCGACCGCCGCGCCGGGUUCUCCAACUGGGGCGCCGUGGUGGACAUUUUCGCCCCCGGCGUGGACAUCGCGAGCACGUCCAAGGACGGCGGGUCGGUCCGGAUGAGCGGGACGAGCAUGGCCAGCCCGCACAUUGCCGGGCUCGCGGCGUACUUGCUGAGCAUCGGCAAGUACAGGGCGCCCGUCGAUAUGUGCAACUACAUGAAGGGGCUGGCGACAAAGGACGUCGUGACGGACCCCAUGGGGAGUGUCAACCUGCUCGCGUACAACGGGGCCGUGCUGGCCAAGAAGAAGGGCACCGCCUGA